AUGUCACGAAAAAUUAUAGCACGUCUGCUAACUUCAGUGUCAUGUAGUUUUCGGGCGUCACCGGUAGACGUCCCGGUUUGUAUAAAUUUAAAUUUAAAGUUUGAAAUCAUAUUUGGUCAGGAAGUUGCAGACUAUGUAGGCAAUUUAAGGCACAAAAUAAACGACUUACACUGUGGCAUCGCUGACGUGAAACGUAGUAUUAAGUAUAUUAUAUUGACUCUUAACCAAUCUAAUCACAAACACGAAUUAGGAGAGGAUCAAAUUUUUAGAAAAGGACAUAUAUAUUUUUAUUAUUAUUAUGAUUGUCAAAUUUUAUUAAUAAAAAUACAAAACAAUUACAAGCAUAUAAAUAUUAGAAAGAACAUUUUCAACUUGAUUGAACAAUUUUCUUCGUUGACCAGCUUUUUCCAAGCGAUAUUUAAUCAUUCCUGCGUACAGAGGAAACUUGGCCGCCAUUUUAUCAUCAAACUUAUCUUUAUCUCCAUCCUUGAUCCUCAGCGCCAGUUUGUGAUAAGAUCUGUGCAGUAUAUCAAACAAGGAAAAUCCAGCCAUUAUUCCACAAGUAUUCUUCAUAAGUUCAACUUUUUUAUCACAUUCAACUCUGAAUUUUCUUAA